UAGCUAAUAGAUAAUUGAUGUUAUAUAAGUAACUGUUUUUUGGCUUGUUGAUGAGAGAUUUUUCAUUAACUAAACAAAUACACAUACAAAAAAUCAGUACUACAUACACAGUUUCUACCGAGAUAUGUCGAUCGCCUUCUCAAGUUUUCUUCUGUUUAUCACCAUCAUCACAAGUUCCCUCACAAAUAUAACAGUGGCCUCUUCGCAAGCUCUUCCUCCAGAUGAAUUGAAUGCUCUAAAGGAGAUAGCUAUUACACUUGGACUCACGAGACGGUUGAACCUAAGCAACGGAUACCCUUGUCCUAAAGGAAAACUGAUGACCAUACCAGAAAUUGAGUUUGUUCCGGAGAUGAACAACACCAUUGUUUGUGAUUGUAACAACGCCACAUGUCAUAUUACAGAAAUAGAUCUUAAGACCAUGAGUCUUCCUGGAAAACUUCCACCUCAGUUAGUCAAGCUUCGAUAUCUCCGGAGAAUAGACUUGUGUCGAAACUACCUUUCGGGAACAAUCCCAAUGGAGUGGGCUUCAAUGCAAUACCUCACUUAUAUNCAAAAAAAAAUAAAGGGCUAUAUAAAUUGCAGAAAUUAUAAACAGCAAACGUUCAGAGGGAUUGAAGCAAACCAGUUUUCUGGUCCAAUACCUGAGGAGCUUGGUUACUUAACCAACCUAAAAGGAUUGGAACUUGCGUCCAAUCAAUUUACAGGAAGCCUUCCUACAUCUUUCGCUAAACUAGUUAACCUUGAGAAAUUUAGGAUAUCUGACAAUAACUUUACUGGCACCAUCCCAGAAUAUAUCGGCAACUGGUCUCGUCUUCAAAGGCUAGAUAUAUACGCAUGUGGACUGAAAGGACCUGUUCCUGAUGCAGUGGCCCGCCUAGAAAAUCUUACUGAACUGAGCAUUAGUGAUACGACUGGGAUAAACUCGUUUCCAAAACUACCUAACAAACUCAAACAUCUGAUUUUGAGGAAUGUGAAUUUGUCUGGUCCAAUUCCUCCUUACAUAUGGGAUAUGACAACUCUAAAGACUCUUGAUUUAUCGUUUAACAAAUUGACUGGUGAAAUUCAACUACAAAACCUUCCAAAAAAGACCUAUUUGACUGGCAAUUUGCUUUCUGGAAACAUUGAAUCUGGUGCUUUGAGCAACAGCAAAUCUUAUAUCGAUCUCUCUUAUAACAAUUUCUCAUGGUCGUCUAACUGCCAGGAGAGUAACAUUAACAAAUACCGGAGCUCAUAUUUGAAGAACAAUUUAACUGGGCUUCUUCCAUGCGCGGCUCCAAUCCAAUGCAGCAAAUAUCAGCGAUCACUACAUAUAAAUUGUGGUGGAGAAAAUGUAACUAUUACAAACUCCUUUGGUAAAACAACUUAUCAAACUGAUAACAGUCGUCAAACCACCGCUGCAUCAAAUCAGCACUUCGAAUACUGGGGAGUUAGUAACACUGGUGACUUUACCGAUGAUAAUAAUGAUCUUGAUGAGUACUUCAUUUCAACUAAUUCAAUACUAUCUGGGGAUUAUCCUCAUGAUCUUUAUAAGACUGCACGUCGAUCUGCUCUCUCCCUCGUUUAUUAUGCGUUUUGCUUGAAAAAUGGACCCUACAAUUUGACACUUCAUUUUAUGGAGAUUCGGUUUUUAGACAAAGAACUAUACACUCAUCUCGGUAGGCGUAUAUUUGAUGUCUAUGUUCAGGGAGAAUUGUUCUUGAGGGACUUUAACAUCAAAGAGGAUGCUAACGACACUCUGAAGCCUGUUGUGAAAAGUAUGAAUGUCAAUGUGACAGAUCAUAUGUUAGAGAUUCGGUUUUAUUGGGCAGGGAAAGGGACAACCCUCAUUCCUGAAAGAGGAAAUUAUGGUCCCCUUAUUUCUGCUAUCUCCUUGUGUCAUCACAGUCUGGAGCCACAUUGUGGAGCGGAGAUAAAGCAUCACAUGGACUACCUCCUAAUUUGGGGGGCUUCGGGUGCCUUGGUAGCAAUAAUUCUCUUGGCUUUGGGAAUAUAUGCUAGGAGAAAAUGGAAAAGAGCCAAUGAAAAAAGAGAAAGAGAUAUGAGAGCCCAGGGUCUACAAACGGUUUGCUUUACUUGGAGGCAACUGCAAGCUGCAACAAACAAUUUUAAUGAAGCCAACAAACUUGGAGAAGGAGGUUUCGGAUCCGUAUACAAAGGAGAGCUGUCAGAUGGAACUAUCAUAGCAGUCAAACAGCUUUCUUCCAAGUCAAGCCAAGGAAACCGAGAAUUUGUGAAUGAGAUAGGAAUGAUCUCAGGUCUGAAUCAUCCAAAUCUUGUCAAGCUUUACGGUUGCUGUGUCGACAAGGAUCAAUUACUGCUCGUAUAUGAAUACAUGGAAAAUAACUCCCUUGCUCUUGCCUUGUUUGGAAAGAACUUCUUGAAACUAGAUUGGGGAGCAAGACAAAAAAUUUGUCUGGGGAUCGCAAGAGGGCUUGAAUUCCUCCACGAAGGAUCGACGAUCAGAAUGGUUCAUCGUGACAUAAAAACAACUAAUGUCCUUCUAGAUGCCGACCUUAAUGCAAAGAUAUCUGAUUUUGGAUUGGCUAGGCUGCAUGAAACAGAACACAGUCACAUUAGCACCAAAAUUGCAGGAACCAUCGGAUAUAUGGCUCCUGAAUACGCAUUAUGGGGUCAACUGACAGAGAAAGCAGACGUGUACAGCUUCGGUGUUGUGGCGAUGGAAAUUGUUACUGGAAAGAGUAAUACGAAACAGAAGGGAAGUGUUGAUCACGUCUCGCUUAUUAAUUGGGCACUGACGCUGCAACAGACAGGGGAUAUAAUGGAGAUCAUAGAUCCUAUACUCGAAGGUGAGUUCAAUAGAAACGAAGCCGUAAGAAUGAUCAAAGUUGCUCUCAUUUGCACAAACUCAUCUCCUUCCUUGAGGCCAGCAAUGUCAGAUGCUGUUAAAAUGCUUGAGGGAGAGAUCGAAAUCAAACAGGUUAUGUCAGAUCCUGGUUUAUAUGGACACAACUGGAGCUUCUCAAAGCUGAGCGACCUUGAUAAAUAUGGUAGCUCGAGCACGUCUGGUGUGACGACCGACCAAACAACAACAACAAUAAAAUCCUCUGUUUCUGAUCUCUACCCAUUAUACCCACAAUCCGUGAUCCAAACUCCAACCGUAGAAUUACCAUCCUCGUCACAGUAAAAUUAAAAGCUGUACAUGUCUUGUCUCUUAUCACUUCAGAGACUUGUGAGGCUAUCCUGAAGUUAUAGUUCCUUUUAUCAUCAAAGCUGUGUGAAGCUUUACUAUAGUUAAGCUAAAUUAAUGUAUAUCCAAAGAAAAAGUAUAUAUCUCUUAUGAAUGUUUGUUAAA